UUCUGCGAGAAACUUCGAAGAAAAGGAAGAUGGUAGUUAACAAUGAUAUCCCGGUGUUGCAGCGAUGUUCAGCAUGGACAUGUGCACGUGUCGGGGGAAAUCGGGUGGACCUAGGAAGUCUUCCAACUUUCAAGAAAUUUAUGACUGCUCUCACGAUAGUGAUACCAACGACCCUCUUCCUCAUCACCCGUGUUGCACUGGACCCAAGCACUUCCAUGACAUCAUCAUCAGAGCAAGACCAGUUACGGAUUCAUGAUCAUACACGCAGUUAUCACAACUGUGGCAUCAUAUGCCAACUGUUUGAUUAUUCGCAACCAAUGUGGAAAUUGCCUGAUCCAGCGGUAAAGCUCUGCAAGCCUUCAUCUUCUCUGGUUUUUGUCAAGACCCAUAAAACCGGAAGUACUACCUUGACGAAGAUUGUCAAUCGAUACGGACUGGCGCGGAACUUAUCGUUUCUGAUCUACUCCAAAGACCCUCUAAGAGGACAUUUCCGUCAGGCUGCUCCGACCAAACCGUCAGAUAUACUUCCCCCAAUCGGCGUCGAGCCUGGGGACUUUGAUCACUAUUCGAACUACGACAUGGCUGCGGUUCAUAUCCGACUGUUUCCAAAUCUCAAGUUCUUCACCCGUUUCAUGAAUCCGAAAACCCGGUACAUCACAGUACUCCGCAAUCCGGUUGACCAGUGGGAAUCUGCCUUUGUCUUUUUUAUUUGCCAUACCAGAAUGAAAUUGAAAGGUCUUGACGUUGAACAAAGCAUAACCACCUUCUUGAAGAAACCGUCAUAUUAUUGGAAAAAAUUUCCCGGUCAGUGUAAGCUAUUCUCGAAGAAUGGAAUGUCCUUUGACCUGCUGUCAAAAAAUUCCUUGCAUAACCUAGAUAACAAAUCGGUUGAAAGCGCGGUAGCAUUCCUUGACGAAAAGCUGGACCUUGUCCUAAUUUCGGACUACAUGGACGAAUCGCUUAUACUUCUCAAACACCUAAUGUGCUGGGACUUCGAGGAUAUACUAUACGUAAGUGCAAACCGACGAUCUUCCAGAACGAAAAUGAACGAGUCCCAGAAGGCCAAAAUAAGGCAAUGGAACCCAAUUGAUACCAUCCUUUAUGAACAUUUUAAUCGCACACUUUGGAAGAAGAUCGCCGCGAUCGGGCCAAGGUUUUGGAAGGACCUAGACUACUUUCGUCAACUGAAACAAGACUUUUUUACGAUGUGUGGUUUCGAGGUAAACGCAACCAAAGGGUUUAAAAUUCAAACGACAGCAAGGAAUUCGUCGAUAGCUUGCAGGUCCGUGCUACAACCGGAUUUUAAGGAGAUAAUAAGACGUCAAAACGUAAGCCAAAGUAAAAGUCCAUUGAGUCAAAACAAGAUUUCGAGAACAUGGUGAAAUCGAUUGACCUAAAUGUCGGCUAGUAACACAAAGCCAGAUCAUCAGAAUUCCUCACUGCCAAAUAAAGAUCAGGCCCCGUCUUACAAAGAGUUGCAACUGAUCCGAUCAAUCGCAACUAUGGAAAGCCAGCAACGCCAAUAUCU